AUGACUCUCGACACAACUUCAGCAGAGAAUCCAGUCUCCUCUGAAGAGGAAAUAACAUUGCUCAAGAAGCGCAAAAGCGAGAAGGAUACGGAUCAUUCAUACACCCCUAGAAAUGAGCUGGCUCUGUACCGCAUUCCAGACAUCACUCCUGAAUUCAACGCCGCAUAUAAAUCAGAUGCGCCCAAGGACUCCAAAAUUCGGGCCCGUAAUGCUGCCAAAUACGGAGGAUUCUGCUUUCUGACGGCGAAGGCUAAUACUACCGGUACUGCGGUGGUCUUUGCCCAUCUUAUCGACAAGUCGUUAUCUGGUGAUAUAAAUGCAAUUCGCUCUCUCGAAUAUCACUGGGGAUUCGAAGCAAAUACGUUCAACUUGCAUACUCACCGUAAUCUCUUAGAGCUAUGUCUGGAAUACCACGACAUAUUAGGCACAAAUUAUGCCAUGUUCGUACCGUCGCAGGAGGACAUCAAGACCAUGCACGACUUUACACGCUUACCCAUCGCUGAGAAACGCAAGAAACCGGCCAAAAUGUACUUUGACUAUAAAGAAAAGCCUAUCCAAGUUCGAUUCUUCUCCCUUGAACUGCCGAAAAAGUAUCUUGUCUCUCGUUGGACUCUACAGCAAUCUGAGGAAGGAUACAAGCAGACCCAGGAGCGAACUGACUUUUUCUAUCCUUUCGAUCAACCAGAACUGCGCAACCACUUGCAGAGUCAUGUCAGCCCCUUUUGUCUGGCGUGGAACGCGGGAAAAAAACUGGCAAAAUACGAUGACGAUGCCCUUGAUUUGAUAUCAACAUCGGCUCAAGACCAGUUCGAUUUCCGGCGGCUCGUAGCAUCCAGUUCCCUUCGGUCAGAGGAUGACGACUGGGAGCUGCAAAUCAAACCCGUCGCAAAACGACAAAGGACUUCGCGACGAGGCACAAAUUCUGGUCCUCCCACAACUGCCGACGACGCACCUUCUCCUUCGGAAAGAGCUGCACGUCGCACAAAAAGCAAGAAAACUGCUUCCUCCGUCGCUGGUUCAGACCUCGGACGAGCUGGACGUUGA